GUUUGAUGGAGCAGAAUAGGGUUAAUGCUUCGGCUGGAUUCCUCUGUGCUGACAGGGGAAGUUAGAAAAAUGAAACUCGCCGGACCAAUAAUUGCGUGACACCCUCAAUCGUUACACGGGACGCGAGAUGUUAAUUUGGUGGUCUUGAAAGUAUUUUGAUGGGCGAAGGGUUUCGGAUGUGCUCAUGAGCUGGCUCAGAAUUCAUGAGGCAAUUUUGACAGAUCUUGUUUGCAUGCUUAGCGAAAAUAUCUGUCACGCACAAGUUUGAUUUAGAAACCUCUUUCUUCAGACGUUGUAUGUACUUGUUCAGUAAGAGAUGUUCAGUUUAUUCAGAAAAAGCCAGGAUACCAAAAAGGUAGCUGUGACUGACAAAGAAGUAGAUGGAUUUGUUUUUCUGGGCAAUACAAUUAAUGAAGAAAGAAAGAAUUCUGAAAAUAAACCUCCACUAUGUGUGACGGGACCUCAGUUUGAUCCUACUUCACAGGCAAAUUCAGAAAACCAGUCAAAGUUGACUGAAGCAGACAUUGAACCAGAGGCAAAGAAAAGUCAGAAUAUGGAAAGCAGUUCUGUGUUGGAAUUUCCAAGUGAUGUACCUUUUGCACUUGCACCACAUAUUUUGGCAGUACAGGAUACCUGUAAUGAUUUCUCAAGACAAUUGAUCUCCUGUGAUGUUAACGACAAUUUAGCACGAUUUUGGUAUGAUUUUACACUUGAAAAUUCAGUAUUAUGUGAGUCUUAAACUUGGGUUACUAAUAUAAAAUGUACCUAAAUCACCUGAAGUAAAAUAUGCUAUGUCUGUCAUAUAAAUCAGUUGUUUGUAUCUAGCACUAGUCUGACAGAACAUUACCAUUUUCCAUCAUUGUCGUGUUUCUUACAUGACAAUAUAAGAACAGUUAAGCCAAACAUUACAAGUCAAUUACAGUAAAUAGAUUAUAAUCUGCACUCACUGAAAAUAAUCAUAGAAACUCCCAGAUAUUGAUAUUAGCUUAGUCCUUGCUUGAUCAUGGAAAAAUAAAUGUUAUAUUGUAUUGUAAUUUACAAAUAAUCAACUUUUACUAUGAUAUUAAUAAAUUAGUCAAUUUUAUUACAGCAUCUUUUGUUGGAGAAAUCACAACAAAAUUUUAAAAUUUAAAUUUAUACAUCAUUAGUGCAGAAUGAAUUGAUAUCAAAUAUAUGAGGUUGGCUUUGGAGUUUGAUUCAUAUUUCUUGGAAUUAUAGUUUUUGAUUGGCUAUUCAUGUUCUGUAUUCUAAAUUUCUAUGUUCAGUUUUUGUAUUGCAAGUUUUUGUUGCAACUACUAGUUGGGAUAUAUGAAUAUACUAUAUAUUAUGUCUGUCUGUGUACAUAUGAUGGGUGCAUAUGUGUAUAUGCAGAUGGGUACAUAAUAUACAUAUGCAUGUUUAUAAAUUUAUUUACACCAGUAAAAUAACAAUGCAUAUUUAAAAUAUAUCAAUAUAGCUUUUCAUGAAAUACUGUAUGCCACACUUCUCUAUCCUCAUCUCCUUCUGUUAUCUUAUUUUUUUCAUUGCUUAUAUUCAAUGAAGAACAAUAUACAAGAUGUAAAAGGUAGAUAAUAUUGUGUAAAAUAUAAUCAUAUUUUAAACAACAAAUUAAAUUUUAAGGAGAACCAUAUUGUCCAGUCUUUCUAUUGUAUGACAAAGAAGCUAAGAAUGCAAGCAUUUUUUCAAGAUAGCUGUCAGGUUCCGAUGUAAAGGUGAGGAAAAAAACCUCAAAACUAGAGUUCUGAAUUGAGUAUAUUUUAUCUGCCUCACAAACACCGACACGAACUGAUAUCCAUUAACAGGCAAUUCAAAGUCAGGACUAACCGUCCAGUAACUAUCCCACCUUUUAAAACUGUUUCCUACCUCAGUCCAGCCUCUAUUCUUCCCUAAACUGAGUCAGUAGCCAUUUAGCAGGGAAGCCAGCAGAGUUCAAUCAUAAGCCAUGCUCAGUUCACAUGCCCGUAAUCUUCCAUUUUUGUUUCAGCUGCUUGGCCGCCCAUCAGCUGUUUGAUGUUGAUCUGAGCAGUGGCUCUACGGUUUGGUGGAUUUAGCUGCAUGGUGGCCGUAUCCCUUCUCAGUUCCCCACAGAAUUGGCAGCCCUGGGUUUCCAGGCACACCAGAUCUGACACUAGCCUUUAGUAUCAGGUAUAUAAUAUUCUUUCCAAGCAGUCAUAGGAAUCUUUCCUGCAAUAAUCCAGGCUUGAUAGGCCACUAUUCUUCACUGAUAGACAUUCAAUUUUUGAGAAUAUAAUUUAACAACACAUUGAAAUCGUAAAUACUUUUCCUAAAUCAUAUUUAAAAAGUUAAGGCUUUUCUACCUGUAUGGGACAUGUCUAAAUCACUCAUAUUACAAAUUUGUUGCAUUUCUGAUAUAAAAAAGAUACUUUUUAAAAAUAUUUAUUGAGGAAUCUAAAAAGAUUAAUUUUUACAAAUUAACCUCCUUAUAUUUAUAAGAAACAUAUUCAUUUUUAAAGAUCUGAGAUUAUUACCUUGAAAGAAUUGGAAACUCCAGUUCUGUUUUCCAAAUUUAUUGCUAAUAUUUAUUUUUGUAAUUUUUUUAAUUAUUAAUCUCUUAAAAUAUCCAGUGAAGAAUUAGAUUGGCUCCAAAAAGAAUCUUUGAUAUACUAAGAAACAUAAUUAUGCAAGAGAAUCAAUUCUAAGAGCAUGUACAUUAUAGUUGCACGUUAAAAUCUCCAGUUCAUUGAAAAAAUAUGUUUGCUAAUCAUACAUGGUUCCUAAUGAUCUCAAUAAUAUAUGCAUAAUAUUAUGGUUGCCCUUUUGUGUCCUAAAUAAACAUAUGGCUUAACAGAAAAUAGAAAGCAUGAAAUAAGGUGAAACUUAAAUAUAGCACAAAAUAUGUUUUGAUCAGCAUCUCCUGUUUGAUAACUCUUACAUGAGUUCAUUCAUUUUAUUUCUCAGAGAGAGGGUCUGAGAAAGUGAGGGUCAAUGAGAGGGAAAAAAGAAAGAAUGGCUAAGAGAGAAAAUAUUCAGUUAAACAUUGCCAAAAAUAAAAUAUUAUAAUUAUUAGUCGAGCUAUAAAUGAACUUUCAAAGACUGUGACUUACUUAGGAAAAAUGGUAAGCUUUAUUCCAAACUAUACAGAUCUUUAUUAUUUCCCCUUCCUUGAGAUCCAG